UGGGUUAGUGAGCUAGAAGUCAGCAAAGCCAUUUCGUUAAUCUGUUGUCUAAUCUAACUCUGCUACUUCUACAAAAAAUGACUGCUUACCAUUUAGGGAAAUAUAGCAUAUUCUGUUUGUACUGUCUUUUACAUCAUGCCAUUUUGUACAAUUUGGACAUACAGCAUGCUAUUCCACUCCAUGGUCAGAAUGGUUCUUUCUUUGGAUAUUCGGUGUUGCUCCACAAGCAUCAGCAGCAUACGUGGGUAUUAGUUGGAGCACCAUUUGCAAAUUCAAAGUUCAAUCAGUCUGUCCAGAAACCUGGAGUAAUAUACAAGUGCAACAUUUCAGGCAAGAAGGAAUGUGAAGAGAUUCAACUUGGUGUAAUGAGUGACAUGAACUGUGGUACAAACUGCUUUGCUGAUGCGAAUCACCAGUGGCUCGGUGUGAGUCUUUCCAGGCGUGAGCAGGAUGGACUUGUGUUGGCCUGUGGACAUCGUUGGAAUGUAUUCUACAAUAAGAGUAAAGAAAAGUUCCCCCAUGGCAUAUGCUUCAAAUUAGCGGCAAACUUGAUUCAGUCAAGUACUUUGAUUCCAUGCUAUGGAGAUGAUCCGAAUGACUACGCAUCAUGUCAAGCAGGGAUUGCAAAUGUCCUUUUUGGGGACCUAAUCGUAAUGGGAGCCCCUGGAUCUAUGGAAUGGACUGGGUCUGUUUUUGUCCACAACACAUCCAGCCAGGUCACAAUUACCAAAUUGGAAAAUUCUGAUGACGUUCUCUUUGGAAGUUAUUUAGGGUACUCAGUCAGCGCUGGACACUUUCUGUACGCUGAUUCCACGGAGGUCGUGGGAGGAGCCCCCCAGAAUGGGCAAACUGGUAGUGCAUACAUCUUUAGCACCAAAUCCAGCACACUGAGCAUCAUCUUUGAGGUCAGAGGUGAAAAGAUUGGUUCUUAUUUUGGGGCGACUGUGUGUGCGGUGGAUCUGAAUGCUGAUGGUCUGUCUGAUCUGCUUGUUGGAGCACCUAUGUUCAGCACUGUGAGGGAGGAAGGACGUGUGUAUGUUUACAUGAACCAGGGACAGAUGUUUUCCCCCCCAAAAAAAUCCAAGACAUUUCCUCAGGCUAAUAUGAAGGCUCUGGAGUUCACAUUAGCAGGGAAAGAUUCAUAUGCGGCACGGUUUGGAGAAAGUAUCACAAGUGUUGGAGAUAUUGAUGAUGAUGGCUAUCCAGAUGUUGUAGUUGGGGCACCACAAGAAGAUGACCUGAAUGGUGCAAUUUAUCUCUACAAUGGGAGGAAGACAGGACUUGAACAAGAAUAUUCUCAAAGGAUUCCUGCAUCUGCUUUCGGUAAUGGUUUGAAGAUGUUUGGCCAGUCUGUGUCUGGGGGCAUUGAUGUUGAUGAAAAUGGUUACCCAGAUGUGGCCGUGGGAGCCUUUCUAUCUGACUCUGCUGUUGUUCUGAGGACCCGUGUGGUUGUUGUGGUGGAAGCGACAGUGCUUCUCCCUUCUAGUGUGAACCUCACCCAGGCUCUAUGUACAGAAAAAGGCCGACCUGCUGUCUGCUUUAACACCACUGUCUGCUUCCAACUUCAGGCACAACGUUUUUCUGGCCUCAUUGAAAUGCUGUACAAUUUGACUGCUGACGUGAAGCACAAAGAGGGGCUCCAGUCCAGAUUCUACUUCAUCACCAACGGCACUGCACAGUUAAAUUCUACAGCAGGCAGGAUUAAGACCAAACAUGGCCAAAUGAACUGUGUUAACCACCAGGCCUUUUUGAAGAGAGAUAUUAGGGACAUCUUCACCCCGAUCCACUUUGAGCUGCAGUAUGAGCUGGGAGAACACACAGUGUCAAGUGACAACUCAAGGAGCUUUCCUUUCCUGAGGCCUGUGCUUCAGAGGUCAGAGAAGCACAACAACUUGCUGAUUAACAAGACUGUAUUUGCCAGGUAUUGUGCCUGGCCCAACUGUUCCACCAAUCUGCAGUUGUCUGCACAACUGCUGUUACCAAGGAGACAUAGAGAUGUGCCAUAUGUUGCUGUUGGGGAGGGGAAGACAUUUCUGUUGAACGUUACACUGUCCAAUGCUGGCGAUGCUGCCUUCCUCCCUAUGCUUCACCUGAGAUACCCAAGCAAUCUCUACUUUGUCAAAGUUUUGAAUGCGGAGAAAUAUGUGAGCUGUAAAAUCUUAGAGGAGCCAACCACUCCCGGGCUGGACUGCAGCGUGGGAAAUGUGAUUCUCAAUCCCUUGGACAAGGUUAAUAUCAGCUUUCUGCUUGAUGUCAGUCUGGACAGUAAACCUGGUGACCUAAACAUCACAAUCAAUGCAAGCCGGAAUAAUUUUGAAAAUGAAGAUAUUCUCCAUGAUAAUGUUGUUAACCUGACUCUGGUAUUGCGAUAUGGAGUAAAUCUAAUCACCCAGGGGUUUGUAGCUCCAACAGCAUUUAUGUUUGGUGACUUUGAGGAUCCACACUGCACCACUAAAAGGUUUAACUUCACCUUUAAGGUUGUCAAUGUUGGUCCAAGCAUAUCUCAUGGCACAAGAGUAGAAAUUGUGGUUCCUAAAGCAUUGGCACCGUAUCCAUAUAGACUGCUCAACAUUUUGAACAUACAGUCCUCAUCUGGAUGGUGUUAUAUUCAAAACUCUGCUAAUGGGACCAGUGAUACACCUGGGAAAAUGUUUGGAAGCAAGAGAAACAGUACUACAGACAUCUUUUGGUCAAAUAUGACAACUACGAUUGACACCUACUGGACAAACAGAACCAGCACCACUCCACCCAAUUUGGUUAAUACAACCAGUAGGAUUGACACCUAUUGGACAAAGAAAUCCCGCACCACUCAGCUUGAUAGGAAAAUUAUGUCAGGUACAACUGAAACCAACUGGAAUAUUACACCCUAUUCAGUUGAUCUGGGAAAGGACACGUGUGAUCUGCCAGAUUCCAAUCUCUUGGAUGACCUUUUCUUCCACUUUGCAAAAAAAACUAAAAGACAUAUAUACUGUAUGAAGGAGGAUGCUCUGUGUAUACAAGCAGUUUGUGAACUUGGAGACCUGGAUUUUGGGACUGAUGCCACCAUUGAAAUGGAGGUUGAGAUUAACUUAGGGGUUUUAGACAUCUCACCGGGAAGAACUAGAGUCAUGUUGUUAGAGUCAACAGCUGUUGCAUUGCCCAAGAAGGACCCGUUUAUUUGGUUCUUACAAGAAGAACCCAUUACAGUGGUUGUCCAGGAGGGCCUUCACAUCCACAGAAUUAAACCUGUCCUUAAGCUGUUCAUCAUCGUGGCGAGUAGCAUAUUUGCCCUCACCAUCCUCAUUUUGCUGUUUAUCUCCUUGUCAAAGUGUGGAUUCUUCAAGAGGAAAUAUAAGAAGGAAUUGGAGGAUAUCCAAUGGCAAGACUGGGACUCAGUAAGGACAGAGUAAUUGAUUUACAAUUACAAUAAAUCAUUGUUGACAAUUGUUUUCUUUGAACUAAUCUUUUGGAUUUAAUAAUAGUAUUAAUUCAAAGGAUAAUUAAAUGCAUUUCUUGAUCUAAUAGAAUAAUGUUUUUUUUAACCUUUCUGCAAUUGUGUUACAGAAAUGAACCUGCAUGAACAAUGCAAAUAAUUGAUAUUCAGUUGUGCUCAUACAUUUGCAUACCCUGGCAGAUUUUGAAAAUAUGGCUGAUCAUGCAAAAUAAACUCUCUUUCA